CGUCGAUUCGCUUGUUUGCGGGGUGCAGUUGGAGAAAUCUAUAAAAUAAAACUAAAAAACUCUAUAAAUAUUCGAUUUUAUUACACAAAUAUUGAAAUCUAAAGUGACCAUGGACGAUCAGGGAAGGAAAGUCAUCGUCUGCGACAACGGCACCGGUUUUGUUAAAUGCGGAUACGCCGGGAGCAACUUUCCCGCUCACAUCUUCCCCUCAAUGGUUGGCAGACCGAUAAUACGUGCGGAGAACAAAAUUGGAGAUAUCGAUGUUAAGGAAAUAUGUAUUGGAGACUUAAUGGUGGGUGAUGAAGCUUCACAGCUCAGGUCGAUGCUGGAAGUCAGCUAUCCCAUGGAGAAUGGAGUGGUAAGAAACUGGGAGGACAUGUGCCACGUGUGGGACUACACGUUCGGUCCGAGCAAAAUGAACAUAGACCCGAAAGAGACGAAGAUACUUCUCACCGAGCCACCAAUGAAUCCCACCAAGAAUAGGGAGAAGAUGAUUGAGGUGAUGUUCGAGAAGUAUGGUUUCGACAGCGCCUACAUCGCCAUACAAGCCGUGCUAACGCUGUACGCGCAGGGCCUCAUCUCCGGGGUGGUGGUAGAUUCUGGUGACGGCGUAACACACAUCUGUCCGGUGUACGAGGAGUUCUCUCUGCCCCACCUCACCCGCCGCUUGGACAUAGCCGGCCGCGACAUCACCAGGUACCUCAUCAAGUUGCUGCUCCUCCGAGGCUACGCCUUCAACCACUCCGCUGACUUCGAAACGGUCCGUAUGAUGAAGGAGAAGCUGUGCUACAUCGGCUACGACGUGGAGCAGGAACAGCGGCUGGCUUUGGAGACUACCGUACUGGUGGAGCCAUAUGUGCUACCUGACGGGCGUGUGAUCAAAGUGGGCGGCGAGCGGUUCGAGGCGCCGGAAGCGCUGUUCCAGCCCCAUCUGAUCAACGUUGAGGGUCAGGGCAUCGCCGAGCUGGUGUUCAACACGAUACAGUCCGCCGACAUAGACAUGAGGAACGAGCUAUACAAGCACAUCGUGCUGUCUGGCGGCUCUACCAUGUACCCCGGCCUACCCUCGCGGCUGGAGAGAGAGAUCAAACAGCUGUACCUGGAGAGAGUGCUGAAGAAUGACACGGAGAAGUUAGCGAAAUUCAAGAUCCGCAUUGAAGACCCCCCUCGUCGCAAGGACAUGGUGUUUAUCGGCGGCGCGGUGCUCGCCGAGGUCUGCAAGAACAGAGACAACUUCUGGCUCACGAAGAACGAGUAUCAGGAGCAGGGUCUCUCCUGUCUUCGUAAGCUCGGACCUCGCGCGAGUUAAUGUAAAUAUACUAUUAUAAUAUACU